CGUCGAUAUCAACCGGGGUAACACAACGGCCUUCCGAAAUACGAAAUCUUAUCGACAACGCGUGUUUAUGUGAAUCACGUUUCAGGUGGUGCAGUAAAGUGUUGGAACUUUUGCGCCAGUUUGGCACACUACAUAACGGCAAUUUAGAAUACCGGUGGGGACCGGCGAGAGCACUAAUCAUAAGAAGAUAAUCACCAACGAAGUCAAUUUAUUCGACAUCAGGUUAGGCCAAAGUUGUUUUACCAUUUUUACUGCAGUGACUGUAGAUCUCCGUUAUAAAAUUUAUAGUGCACUGACUUGAAACAAGAAAAUGUAAAAGAAUGCAAAAUCAUCUGUUAAAGUUUCGGUUAACAUAAUAUCUAGUUGUUAGUGUUUUAUCUGCAGCAUCAUGAAGUCAAAUUCACACAAGACGCCGGGACUUUUGCUCAUGGCAAUAUGGAGUUUCAUAAUCCUCGAAAUGUGCACAGUGUUUUCCAAAGGAGAGGCGGCUCAUACAGUUAAAAGAUUCACAGGCUUAUACACUGGGCCGUAUUUCGAUCCCACAACAACCACAAACAUAACGACGCAGCUGGGAACUCAUGCUUAUCUUCCCUGCAGAGUGAAACAGCUUGGCAACAAAUCUGUCUCCUGGAUCCGAAAGAGAGACGCCCAUAUACUUACUGUAGACAGGUACACAUUUAUAGCUGAUGAUCGUUUUCAAGCAUUCCUGGUUGACUCCACGGACACCUGGACGCUACAAGUUAAAUAUGUCCAGGCGAGAGACGCUGGUGAAUACGAAUGUCAAGUCAGCACUGAACCUAAAAUGAGCCAUUUUAUCACUCUCAACGUCGUCGUUCCUAAAAUUGAAAUCCUGGGUGAAUCCGAUAAAUAUGUGAAGGCUGGUAGCAAAGCGAUCCUUAAAUGUUUGAUAACUCGUUCUUUGGAAGAACCUGCAUACAUCUUUUGGUAUCAUGAUGGAGAAAGAGUUUUAGCAUUCGAUCGAACCAAAAUUGACAUUCGAAUGGAGCGUGUGGAUUCAGAUACAACUAUGGGAACUCUUGUUAUCUACCAAAGUAGACCGGAGGACUCCGGCAACUACACUUGCAGUCCCUCUAAUUUGGACUCAGCCAGUGUACUACUACACGUUCUUAACGGUGAACAUCCAGCUGCAAUGCAACGUGGAAAAAAUUCUGCUUCUCCCCUUCCUGGAUGGCCCCAUUUGUCGAUGGGUCUUGGCCUAACUGCGUGUAUGCCCCCCAGAUUUGCUGUGUCUGUGGCUCUUUCUCUCGCAGUCUUGGCUCACCUUUUCAUUACGUAAAUUACUAGUAAGGCUAAUAAAUUUCCGUCGUGCUUAUAAUAAUGAAAAUAAUAAUAAUGAUGAUCGUUUUUUGUUGCCUCUUAUUAAAUUUUAUACACCUACUUUGAAGUUCACUGAACUUAAAAUUAGGUCAAUUUAUAUUAUAUUUUGUAUAUUAGUGAUAGAUAAAUAUCAAAUUGCUUUUGUGAUUUAAAACAGAAUAUUUGUGUUUUGGGACUAUUUAUAUCUAUGAAAUUAUUUUACAUGCAUACUUAAGGGAAUCCCUGUAACGUAAUGUACUCUGUAUUUCCCCAACACGCAAACUAUUAAAAUAUUUUAAAUUUAAAAAUGUUACUACAUUAUAAAUGUAGUAGCGUCUUGGUGGUUAUUACCUUAUCGAUCCCAAAAAGGAAUGGAGUUUUUCGAACUAUUGUGGAAGCGAGUUGUACCAAAUUGGAAAGUUUUAUAAACAUCAGAAGUUAUUUUUCCUGUGGUCCUUACACGUCGUAAAAUUUGGUAUUAUCAAUCAUCAGAUGUUUUUACUGUAGAAUAAUGUCUCUGCCCUCAAAUGGCAUCUUCAUUACCAUAUAUUUAUGGUGAUUUGUUAAAUUUACGAUUGUACUAUCUACUUUAUUUAUAUUGACCAAUUUUUUGCUUGCCAACUUUUAUAUUUUAAUUUUUAAUCAGUUACGACGUAACGUAUCAUUCUAAAAUUACAUAUACAAAAUUUAUCUACAACUGCAGUAUCUAGUUAACCUGCUAUCGUAGAUUUAACAGACGCCCUGUAUUUCUAUAUACAGCCAUAAGAACAAGUCAUAUUAUAAGGGAAUAUGAGAAAAUCUGUAAAUAUUUAAGUGCGAAGAAUUUGGAUUAAAGGGAAUUUUUUGAUUUAAAUUUCGUCUUGUUAUAACUUAAGAGUUCAAAAAAAAAAAAAAAGAACAAUUAAAUUAAUAUUUGAGUCUAUAUUCCCUUUAAAUAUACCGAAACAAAAGAAAUGUAUGUAUCGCCAGUGUUUAAUACGGCUGCUGUAUUUCUUUUCUUGCAUCAAUCGAAAAUCAAAUAACCGUACUCAUACUUAACUGUUAAGAAACUAAAUACGAAAUGCAGUUAAGAACUACUUCGUAACAUUUAGUCUAGGAAUUUACCUUCCUUUUGAUGUUUAAUUGGUGUAUUUUAGAUAAGGCAAAAUGUACCUAAUCUAAUUUUACGUUAAAUAA